AUGAGUAUCAAUAAAACCGACGAGGAUCUCGAGCGGGCGGAGAUUGAUGCCCGAGUGGGGUCUUCCCACUAUCAUGAAAAGCCUCACGCAGAGUCUGAACGGCCGAGGACCUCAGAGACCUCCUCAACGGGCUCAAGCAGCUCCAUCGACUAUGAUCCCCAAUUUCGCAGACUGCAGUCGCGCAAUACAGAGGUCGAUCUGGAGCGCCAACGAACGAACUUGUCCCAGGCACUGAGUCGCAUUGAAACUCAACGCCUCCAACAUUCUCUGACUGUCGGCGAGAGCGUGAAAUCGCGACAAUCCAAGCUUCCCCUCCCGGCAUUCGGCGCUGGAAAACCUUAUCCCCCGCAGUUGCCAAACCGCGAGGACUACGUUGUCGAAUUCGACGGGCCAGAUGAUCCUCUAUACCCUCAGAACUGGCCUUUAAAGACAAAAAUUUAUAUCAGCGCUAUGCUCGCAUUCACAAGCAUCUGCUCGACCUUUGAUUCUGCCAUAUUCAGCGCCUCUUCAAAAAAUGUUUCCUCGUAUUUCGGCGUCGGUCUCGAAGUCUCCGUUCUAUCCAGCACCCUGUACAUUGUCGGCUACGCUUCGGGGCCCCUACUCUGGGCGCCACUUUCCGAGCUCAAGGGUCGUCGCCCCGGUAUCAUCAUUGCUAUGCUGGGCUUCGGUAUUUUUAAUACAGCAGUGGCAGUGUCAAAAGAUAUCCAGACACUAAUGAUUUGUCGCUUUUUCUGCGGUAUCUUUGGAAGUUCGCCCCUGGCGGUCGUCGCUGCUGUGUUCUCCGACAUUUACAACAACCGUACCCGUGGUACUGCGAUCGCUUGUUUCUCUGGCACUGUGUUCCUGGGCCCUCUGGUUGCACCUUUCAUUGGGGGUUUCAUCAACAUGUCCUAUCUGGGUUGGCGGUGGACAGCCUAUAUCCCUGCAUUUAUGGGGUAUGCGGCUUUCGUGUUGAACCUCUUUUUCCUUAAGGAAUCCUAUCCGCCUGUGGUGCUGAUUGACAAAGCUGCAGAGCUACGCCGUCGGACAAAGAACUGGGGAAUCCACGCCAAGCAGGAGGAAAUUGAGGUGGACUUCAAGGAGCUGAUGAUCAACAACUUCUCGCGCCCGCUCCGCUUGCUCUUCGGCGAGCCACUUAUCCUGGCAGUCACGGUCUAUCUCAGUUUCAUCUACGGUCUUCUUUACUGUUUCCUGACAGCCUAUACCGUUGUCUUCCAGGGUGUGUAUGGUUUCAAUGCCGGUGUCAGUGGACUUCCCUUGUUCGGCAUGGUCGUUGGUCUGCUCACUGCUGCCUCAUACAUUAUUAUUUCCAGCAAAUCGUAUAACAAAAAGCUUGAUGCGAACAGCGGCGUGCCUGUUCCCGAGUGGCGCUGUCCUCCUGUGAUCCUUGGUGGUGUCCUCUUUGCGGCUGGACUUUUCUGGUUCGGAUGGACUGGAUUCUCAGGCACUGUCCACUGGAUCGUGCCAACCUUGAGUGGUUUGUUUACUGGAUUCGGUCUUCUGAUCAUUUUCAUCCAACUCUUCAACUAUUUGAUUGAUACCUAUCUCAUGUUUGCCGCAUCUGCCAUCGCCGCCAACACGUUCUGUCGUUCAAUGGUCGCCGCCAGUUUCCCUCUAUUCUCACGUCAAAUGUUUGAGAACAUGGGCAUCCAAUGGGCUUCGACUCUGCUUGGUUGUGUUGCCGCUUGCCUGGUUCCUAUUCCGAUUGCAUUCUAUUUCUAUGGCAGGAGACUUAGAAUGAAGAGCAAGUUUGCUCCCUUCUUCGAGCCUGCCGCGGAAGCAUUUGCGCCUGAAGAAGAGACUGGCGAGGAGACAGAAGUUGCUGAGGCUUCCUAG